AAAGGUAAUUAAGGUUUGGGCAUAAAAUGACACUUCUAUUUGAUCUGUUCCAUGAAAGUAUUUCUAGAUGUGGGGGCUAAUUUAAAAUAAUUUAUUGAGACGUAUAUCUUGGUUCUUGAAUAAAUCUUGUAGUUGUAGUCCUUGGGUUCUUGCCUUUGAUCCGCGGUAAUCGCCGGUAAUUAUAACUCCAAAGCUGUGUGGCAUAUCAUAUUAUUUUGUUCCAAAUAUAACUUAGAAAGAAGGAAACACGUCUUAGCAGAGUAAAAAAACAGACAAAAGAAAGCAUUUAAAUCAACAUGGGGCAAAGGACCUGAUUCGGUCUGACUAACGUAUCAUGAUGCAGGUAAAAGUUUUAAGCCAGUUUCACAGCUUACGAAGGGAAGAGAUGAGGCAGGCACCUUGGACUUAUCCGUGAUGGAUGCCUCUAUACCCCCAUUUCAAUGCUUACUUUAAUGAGUUCUCUCAAUAAUAUACAUCUCUAGAUAAAACUUCUCAACUUCGAUCUUAACUUCCUUAAAGUAUAAAGACCUCAUCUUUCUAUUUAUGUAGUCUACGCCUCAUACAUCCCGCUUUUACUUUAUAAUAUAAUAAGACUGUAAAGGUGCUAUUGGCAAGGCAAGUAUGGAGUCUAUGAGGUUAUUUUCUGUCUGGUCUUUUUGUUUUGACACUAGUGGCACUAAUGAUACCGGCGAGUAUUGGGAGGGGUUGGCAAAGAUGCAGAUUUCCAGCAAUAUACAACUUUGGGGACUCUAAUUCAGACACUGGGGCUUGUAAUGCGGCAGUGGCUGAGAUUCCAUCACCAUAUGGCCAAACCUUCUUCAAGCAACCUUCAGGACGAGCUUCUGAUGGUCGUCUCAUCAUUGAUUUUUUAGCUGAGAAUCUGGGAUUACCAUACCUGAGUGCCUACCUGGACUCAAUUGGGACAAAUUUCAGGCAUGGUGCUAAUUUUGCAACAGGUGGGUCUUGCAUUCAACCUGCGUGUGGAUAUGGCCCAUUCAACCUUGCAACGCAAGUUUCUCAAUUCAUACACUUCAAAGCUCGCACAACUGCUCUCUACAACCAACUCUGCCUCAACCGAAAGAUAGCAGUACACUGUAUUGAUCUUCCGAGACCUGAUGACUUCUCAAAAGCUAUAUACACAUUGGAUAUUGGACAUAAUGACCUAGCGUAUGGUUAUCUUCAACAUCGAGCCGAAGGAAGAAUUCGAGUUUCCAUUCCCAAUAUGCUUACCCUGUUUUCCCAAGCAGUCCAUGUAAGAAAACAUGGAAUGCUUCUUGAGGCUUGCAAAAAAUGCACGGUUUGUAGUAGUAGUAGUAGUAGUAGUAGUAGUAGUAUUUACUUACAUUUGUCUAUGUUCCAGGUAUUGUACAGUGAAGGGGCUAGGAUAUUUUGGAUACAUAACAUGGAUCCAAUAGGGUGCUUGCCUUUCAGUGUUAUGAUGUACCAACCAAAGGCUCACAAUGUGGACCGAAACGGGUGUGUGAUGCCUCAAAAUGAGAUGGCUAAAGAGUUCAACAGGCAGCUUAAGGACAAAGUGUCCCAGCUGAGGACACAACUUCCUUCAGCGGCUUUCACUUACGUUGAUGUCUAUUCAGCCAAAUAUGCUCUAAUUAGCGACGCCAAACAACAAGGAUUCGUAGAUCCUCGAACGUUUUGCUGUGGCAGCUACGGACACCAUGGUCACCAUGUUGAUUGCGGGAAGAAAGUUAAUGGAACAGUUUAUGGGAGUUCAUGUAGGUACCCAUCAAGGCACAUUAGUUGGGAUGGAAUGCACUUCACAGAGGCAGCCAACUUGUGGGUUGCAAAUCGCACACUUAAUGGCUUUUUCUCCGAUCCCCCGGUUUCUAUCGACAAGGCUUGUCAUCGGCCACAACUAUAGGUUGUUGCUAAAAAUAGGCUUCAAAUUAAAUAUUUUAACUGUAGUUGUCUUACAAAAUCAAAAUAAAAAAAAUAUUUCUCUUAAUAUGCGUUAUUAUCAAACUCUUGUGUUCUUCUUUUAGAGAAAUAAGUGCCUUCGUUUAUGAUUAAUAUUGUUCAAAAA